AUGCCAGACCAACAGGACACCAUCAGCAACACCGCUGCCACUUUGGAAAACAGUAACCCCGCACCUGCAUCAGGAACAACAUCUCUUCCCGAUCAAAAACCAUCCACCACAACUACAAAACGACCAAGAAACUCCGAGGACCAACAACAACCUCAAAAGAAAGUCCACGCCCAAGUAGCGGAUCAUUACAACUCGCGUCCAGAUGUGGGAGUUGAGAAACGGAAAGAAUCGACAAUCUUCCGACUGAAGAGUUUCAACAACUGGUUGAAGUCGGUCUUGAUUGGGCGUUAUGCUCGUCCGAGGGAUCGGGUUUUGGAUGUUGGUGUUGGAAAGGGAGGGGAUCUGUUGAAGUGGUCCAAGGCCAAGAUCCAGUACUUCAUCGGAUGUGAUAUCGCAUCAAAGUCAGUUGAACAGGCACGAGAGAGAUACAGGACAAUGAGGAAUGCACCCUUCGAGGCGCACUUUCACGCCAUGGACUGCUACUCUGAACCUAUCUCAAGCGUGGUCGCGCCAGAGAUUGUUUUUGACAUGGUCUCGAUGCAGUUCUGUCUCCACUACUCGUUCGAAACGGAAACCAAGGCCAGGAUGAUGCUCCACAAUGUCACUUCGCAGCUCAAGCCUGGAGGCGUCUUUAUCGGCACAAUACCCGAUGCCUACUGGAUCGUCAAGAAGUUGAAGUCAGAGUCGGAUGACAAGCUUCAGAUCGGAAAUUCGAUCUACUCGAUCCGGUUUGAGCGCAGAGACAGGUUCGACACGUUUGGAUCCAAGUACUGGUUUCAUCUCGAGGAUGCCAUUGAUGACUGCCCCGAGUACCUCGUCCACUUUCCCACCUUUCAAAAGCUAGCAGAAGAGUAUGGGUUGGAGUUGAUCUACAACAAAAAGUUCCACCAGGUGUACGAGGAGGCCUCGCAGGAGCUGGAUUUCAAUCAAUUGCUGUACAGGAUGAAUGUCGUCUCUGAGAGCGGAAGUCUCUCUGCCGACGAGUGGGAAGCCGCAAAUGUCUACCUGGCGUUUGCGUUCAGGAAAAAGAACUAG